AUGAGUAUAAGUCAACAACAAGCUAUCGCUCAUACAGUUGAUAGAAUUGGUGGUACUGUAUUUGUCACUCAACCUGCCAAGUCCGUUGAGUCUUCAUUUACAAGUAACCUUUUCCCAUCUGCUACAAGAUUAAUCAAUUCAAAUGAUCCUUAUGCAACCAUUCAAGAUUAUCUUACCAAUACUAUUGAAGAACAUUCAAAAGUUACAGUUACAACUGAUGGAAUUACUUUACUUAAGAGUUUACCAUAUUUCUCAUCAUCUGCUUUCAAGACUAAUCAAGUUGUAUCUCAUAUUGAAUUAAAUAAUUUUGAUUAUUCCAUUGUUACUUCAUUAAGAGAUUUAGAAUAUCCUAUUUUAGUAUCAAAUACUGCUAAAGAUGCUUAUGUAUUUGCUAAUUUAGCUUAUAAUUUAGCUGAAAAAUUACAAACUUCAGUUUUCCAUUUCUUUGCUCCAUCUACCGCCAAUGAAUCAUUUAAAUUAUCCGAAGGUGUUUUGAUUGAAAAUGUUGAAGAGUUGGAAGUUGAUAAGAUUUUACAACAAUUUGGUGUUAGUCCAUUUGAAAUUGUCAAUAAAGGAACCAAAUCUACCAAAGAUGCUAUUUUGUACUUGGGUUCAGUAUCUGAUGCUCUUGUUGAUGCUGCUAAUAAAGAAAACGCAUUAUUGAUUAAUGUUAAACUUUUUAAGCCAUUCCAAUUAAACCGUUUAUUAUCCAUUAUUCCAUCAACUAUUGAAACUAUCACUGUUGUUCAACAAACUACUGGUGCUCAUUCUGGUUCAUUUUCUCCAUUAUUAUUAGAUUUCUUUGCCGAAUAUCCAAAAUAUCAAACUUUGAAAAACUUCACCAAAAUCGUAGCUGCUACUUUUGGAUUAAUCAAAGAUUAUCAACAAGUUAUCAAGAACUUAUUGCAAAAUGUUCAUGCUGAAUCUCCAGUUCAAAAUUUAUCAUUUGGGAAAAUUAAUACUGAAUUAACUACCAAAUCUUCCAAACAACUUAAUCAAGAUUAUAUUGAUGCAAUUAGCGGUGCUCAUAAUUUAGAACAAGCAUAUUUGAAAUUAUUACAACAAGUUAACCCAACUAAUUUGAAUAUCUUGAAUGAAUUCCAAGCAGAAAAUAUUGGUCUCGAAACAAAUCCAGAAUUCGGUUUCGGUUCAUAUUUAUAUGAUCAAGAACAACAAGAGAACUUGAUUGCUUUAGUUGGUUCUGCAAUUAAAUCUCCAAAUGGGUUUAAUUCUUCUGAUAACACCAGAUUAAUUGAAGCUUUAUCCACUUGGUUAGUACAAAUUAAAGGAACUGGUAGAGUUGAAUCUGAAUUGGCUAACGAAAUUGUUGAAUUAUUAACUAGUGAUGAUGAAUCAGUUCAAGCCCGUGAAUUAUUGGCAUUGAGUAAAUAUUUUAAGACAGAAAACAAUUGGUUGAUUGGUUCUGAUGCUUGGUCCUAUGAUUUAGGUUCGUCAGGGGUACAUAAUGUGAUUACAUCCGGUAAGAAUAUCAAUAUGUUGAUUAUUGAUUCUGAACCAUAUUCCGAAAAGAAGGAAAAUGAAAAAACUAUCAAUGGUUUCAGAAAGAAGGAUGUUGGUUUAUAUGCUAUGAAUUAUGGUGAUUGUUAUGUUGCUUCAGUGGCUAUUUAUUCAAGUUAUACCCAAGUCUUGCAAGCAUUAAUUGAAGCCGAGAAAUUCAAUGGUCCUUCAAUUGUUUUGGCAUAUUUACCAUAUCAUCAAGAAUCUGAUAAUACUUUAGAAGUCUUAAAAGAAACCAAAAAAGCAGUUGAUAGUGGAUAUUGGCCAUUAUAUAGAUAUGAUCCACAUUUAGAAAACGAUGCAGAAACUUUCAAAUUAGAUUCAUCAAACUUGAAGAAACAAUUAGCUGAUUUCUUAGAUCAACAAAAUAAAUUAACUUUAUUAUCCAAGAAGAACCCUCAAUUAUCCAGAAACUUAACUUCUCAAGCCAAUACUGAAUCCAAGGCUAAACAAACCCAAAUUGCUGAUGAAUCUUUUGCAAAAUUACUCCAAGGGCUCAGUGGACCUCCAUUAACCAUUGCUUUUGCCUCCGAUGGUGGAAAUGCCGAAGCAUUGGCUAAGAAGAUCAAUAGACAAGCAAUUGGACGUGGAUUGAAAUCAAUCGUGGUACAAAUGGAUGAUAUUUCCGUUGAAGAUUUACCAACUGAAACCAAUAUCGUGUUUGUGACUUCAACUUCCGGACAAGGUGAAUUCCCAACUAAUGGGAAACAAUUUUGGGAUGCAUUAAAGAAUACAGUUGAUUUAGAUUUAUCAAGCAUCAAAUAUUCCGUGUUUGGUCUUGGUGAUUCUCAAUAUUGGCCACGUAAAGAAGAUAAACAUUAUUACAACAAGCCAGCCAAGGAUCUUGAAGCAAAAUUGAAACUUUACGGUGGGGUUGAAUUAGCAGAAAUCGGACUUGGUGAUGAUCAAGAUGCAGAUGGUUUUUCUACUGGUUUCAAUGAAUGGAUUCCAAAGAUCUGGACCGCUUUAGGUGUUGAUAAUGUCGAAGGUGUUGAAGAACCAAAGCCAAUCACUAAUGAAGAUAUGAAGCUUGGAUCUGAUUAUCUUAGAGGUACCAUUGCUGAAGAAUUAGCUGACCAAUCCACAGGUGCUAUUUGUGCUGUUGAUCAACAAUUAACUAAAUUCCAUGGGAUUUAUAUGCAAGAUGACCGUGAUAUUAGAGAUGAACGUAAGGCACAAGGAUUAGAACCAGCCUAUAGUUUUAUGGUUCGUGUUAGAUUACCUGGUGGAAGAGCCACUCCUAAGCAAUAUUUAAAGAUGGAUGAAUUGGCUGAUGUUAGAGGAAAUGGAACUUUGAAAUUAACAACUAGGGCUACUUUCCAAUUACAUGGUGUUGUUAAACAUGAUUUAAAACCUGCUAUUAGAGGAAUGAAUUCUGCUUUGAUGGAUACUUUGGCUGCUUGUGGGGAUGUGAAUAGAAAUGUUAUGGUGAGUGCAUUACCUCACAAUGCGAAGAUUCAUGGACAAGUAUCUGAAGUUGGUGCGUUGAUUUCUGAAUAUUUAUUACCUAGAACCACAGCAUAUCAUGAAAUUUGGUUACAAGGGGAUGGCGAUGGUGAUAAACCAGGUUACAAGGAAGCUUGGGAAAAUAGAAAAGAAGGUCCAACUAAGAAGAAAACUCUUGUGGCUGGAAAUGUCCUUGCUGAUGUUGAACCAAUGUAUGGAAAUACCUAUUUACCUAGAAAAUUCAAGAUUGUUAUCACUGUUCCUCCAUAUAAUGAUGUUGAUGUAUAUGCUCAUGAUAUUGGAUUGAUUGCAAUUGUUGUUGAUAAUGAAGUUGUUGGGUUCAAUGUAUUAGCUGGUGGUGGUAUGGGUUCAACUCAUAAUAAUAAGAAGACUUAUCCUAGAACUGGUAGUAUGUUCGGUUACGUCUCUAAGGAACAAGUUCAUAUUGUUUGUGAAAAGAUUAUGUUGGUUCAAAGAGAUUUCGGGGAUAGAACUAAUAGAAAACAUGCUAGAUUGAAAUAUACUAUUGAUGAUUUAGGUGUUGAUGUAUUCAAAGGAAAGGUUGAAGAGUUAUUAGGAUGGAAAUUCGCUGAACCAAAGCCAUUCAAGAUUGAAUCUAAUGUUGAUUAUUUCGGUUGGUGCAAGGAUGAAUUGGGAUAUAAUCAUUUCACUGCUUUCAUUGAAAAUGGUAGAAUUGAAGAUACUGUUGAAUUACCUCAAAAGUCUGGUUUACAAAAGAUUGCUCAAUUUUUGGAUGGUAGAGCAUCAGGAGAAUUUAGGUUAACAGGUAAUCAACAUUUAGUCAUUUCCAAUGUUGCUGAUGAAGAUUUAUUAGAAGUUAAAUCAUUAUUAGCUAAAUAUAAAUUAGAUAAUACUGAUUUCUCAGCAUUAAGAUUAUCAUCAGCUGCAUGUGUCGCCUUCCCAACUUGUGGUUUAGCUAUGGCUGAAUCUGAACGUUAUUUACCAGUAUUAAUCACUAAAUUAGAAGAAGCCUUAGAAGAAUAUGGAUUAAGACAUGAUUCUGUGGUGAUGAGAAUGACUGGUUGUCCAAAUGGUUGUGCUAGACCUUGGUUAGCUGAAGUUGCAUUGGUUGGUAAAGCUCUUGGUGCCUAUAAUUUAUUAUUGGGUGGUGGUCAUCAUGGACAAAGAUUGAAUAAGAUUUAUAGAUAUUCAAUUAAGGAAGAUGAAAUCUUGUCUACUUUGAAACCAUUAUUCAAGAGAUGGUCAGUGGAAAGAGAUGAUGGUGAACCAUUUGGAGAUUGGUGUAUUAGAGCUGGUAUCAUCAAGGAAACUACUGAAGGUAAAUAUUUCCAUGAUGAUAUUCCUGAAGAUGCUUAG